AUGGAGUUUGGAAUAACAGCUCUUCAAGUACGAGCUUUACGCAUUUUUGUGAGACUAGUCACAAUUAAUAGUGAAUUUGAGAAAGUAGCUAACAAAGCAUCACUGAAAGCAUUAAAAACAAGCGUCAAUGUUAUAAGCAAGAAUGGUAGUAGAAAAGAUUCUUUAGAAGAAUUGUUUCCUAAAGUUGAUGUUAGCAUACAAUUUACUAGUAAAAUAAUGGCUCUUGCUACUGCAAUGGAAAAGUCAUUUGACAGAUAUAUUAAAAUAUUAGUUGCACCAAUCAUUGCUGUUCUUACAAAUAAAAUAGAAACAGUUUGUGAUAGUGCUAUUGGAACUUUGGAUGCUUUAGUAAAUGCUUGUGGGUUCAAUCCUUUAAUUGGCUCAUUUUCAACAAGUCUUGCAACAGAUAAUCCUUUAUUAAGAAAAGAUCUAUUGAAUUGGCUCUCUGAAUAUACUGCAAAAACUUCACCUUUGAAUGAAGCUUCGAUUAGGAAUAAUCCAUUGGCAAGAAAUUUUCCAUCAGCUAGAAGUUGUCUACCAACCAGAAGUUCUCCUAUACCUGAAAUUCCUGGUCAUAUUGAAAUAAUGUCAAAUGCUUUAGAUCCAAUAAGCCUAGCAUUAUCACACAUUCCAAUGACUUUGAAAUUCACUACAUCAAUUGGUAGUGCAUGUUCAUUAGAUUUAGAUGAAGAAAUGAAUACAUGUUAUAUUCACUGUGGACUUGCCAACAUUGCUAUAGAAGAAGAGGAAAAGGAUAAAGAAAGUGCUAAUCUAUUUCCUCAAAAUUCAAACAAUUAUGAUAAUAUGGAGGAUAAUAUAGAUGAACAAUGUAAAAUAAAACUUUUGAGGCUACAACAAAUGUUUGGUUAUCCAGUUGAGCAAACCAUAAAUGAAUGA